AUGGAUGUCACCAGGGAGGGAGAAGAUGUCGGUGGUGGUGUAGAAGGAUUGUUGGAGUGUGUCGAUGGUGGUGUAGAUUGGUUCGUUGGAGAUGGUAUUGGUAGCUGCAAGAGUCUGUCUGUAGAUUGGGUUAAAGUGGGUAGUAACGCCGUAACGGUGCCCCUCUUUUGGUGCCCAAACCCUACUACAGAAAUUGAACACAACCGCUACAGUACCUCACACAUAUCGUGCUCGGUCUUCUCCUUCAUCCACACAACUCCGCACGCAACUUUCAUCCAGAGUGAUUUCUCAUAG